AUGGUUGAUAAGAGUAAUAAUAAGAAGAGGAAAGAGUUCAUCAGUGAAGGAGACAUCGCCACUCUUUUGCAGAGAUAUGAUACCAUAACGAUACUGAAGUUGCUACAGGAAAUGGCAUAUUAUGCUGAAUCCAAGAUGGAUUGGAACGAGUUAGUGAAGAAGACCACUACUGGAAUUACCAGUGCUAGAGAAUACCAAUUGCUGUGGCGGCAUCUUGCUUAUCGAGAUUCUCUCCUCCCUGUGGAAGAUAAUGCUCAACUUCUGGAUGAUGAGAGUGACAUGGAGUGUGAAUUGGAAGUUUCCCCUGCCGUUGGCGUUGAUGCAGUAGCGGAAGCUGUUGCGCAUGUGAAGGUGAUGGCUGCUUCCUAUGUACCAAGUGAGUCUGAUAUUCCCGAAGACUCAACGGUUGAGGCUCCCUUGACCAUUAACAUACCUUAUGGCCUGCAUAGGGGGCCUCAGGAACCAUCAGACUCGUAUUGGUCUUCAAGAGGGAUGAAUAUCACCUUUCCUGUUUCUCUUCAGAAAGCAGCUGACGGACUUAAUGGAAAUGGGUUAGCUAGUAGCAUCGCUCCUCGGAAGAGAAGAAAAAAAUGGUCAGCUGAGGAGGAUGAGGAGCUGAACGCUGCUGUGAAGCGACAUGGUGAAGGCAGCUGGGCCCUUAUUGCUAAGGAAGAGUUUGAAGGAGAGAGAACAGCCUCGCAACUCUCACAGCGGUGGGGUGCUAUAAGGAGAAGAGGUGAUAUUCCAAACUCUUCUACCCAAUCUGGCCUACAGAGAACAGAAGCACAAUUGGCAGCUAAUAAUGCGUUACAUAGAGCGGUGGGAAAUCGGGCACCCCCAAAAAAACUUGCAGGUAUACCUCCAAUGCUUUCAUCUGGUAGCAUCACAGGAGCACAGCCCAACGGUGCCAACAGUAGUAGUUCAUUGCAAGGUCAACAACAGUCUCAGCCAACAGUUCAAGGAUUGCCCGGGGUAGCAACAUCCGUUCCAACUACAAAAUCCCGAGUUACUGCAAAGAAAACAACAGCAAAUUCUACUUCGAGAGCGGAACUAAUGGUAACAGCUAAUUCAGUAGCUGCUGCAGCCUGUAUGUCUGGUCUGGGAACUGCUACAUUUGUGCCAAAGGUUGAACCAGGAAAGAAUGCUAUUCCUGCGUCAGUGCCAAAGGUUGAAGCCAUAAAAACUACUUCUGCAGUCUCUUUGCCUUGUCCUUCCGGUAUGUCUUCAGCACUGAAUGCAGAGCCUGUAAAAACCGCUUUGACAGCCUCUUUGCCUCGUCCAUCAGGUAUAUCAUCAGCACUGACUGCUGAGCCUGUAAAAACCGCUUCGGCAGGUGCUUUACCUCGUCCAUCAGGUAUAUCAUCAGCACUGAAUGCUGCUGAGCCUGUGAAAACCGCUUCGGCAGCCUCUUUGCCUCGUCCAUCAGGUAUAUCAUCAGCACUGACUGCUGAGCCUGUGAAAACCGCUUCGGCAGCCUCUUUGCCUCGUCCAUCAGGAUUAUCAUCAGCACUGACUGCUGAGCCUGUAAAACCCGCUGUGGUAGCCUCUUUGCCUCGCCUAUCAGGCAUAUCAUCACCACCGAAUGCUGAGCCUUUAAAACCCGCUUUAGUAGCCUCUUUGGCUCGUCCAUCAGGUAUUAUAUCAGGAUCAAAGGCUGAGCCUGUUAAAACCUCUUCCGCAACCUCGUUGCCUCGCUUAUCAGGUAUUAUAGCACCACCGAAGGUUGAGCCUGUUAAAACCGCGUCAGCAGCCUCUUUGGCUCGUCCGUCAGGUAUUCUAUCAGCACCAAACGCUGAGCCAGUAAAGAGUACUGCUGUGGCUGCUACUAGCACUCAAGCGGUUGGACCUUUAAAUAUAAGGCAUCCAGUUAAUGGGAGCCCAAACCACGUGAUAUCUUCAUCAACUUCUAAUAAGCCUUCACCUAUGGCUCCUCUGUCCAAAGGACCUACAAUCCAGAUUAAUUCAAAUCCUUCUGGUUUUGCAUCGUCAAGGUUGGUCCCCACACAGAGAGUUCCUGCGGCUACUGUAAUGCCAAGUGUAGGCGCGGCAAUGACCGCCUCUUGCAAGCCUGUUGGUGUACAGAAAGAGCAAAUUCAGGGAAAAGGAGCAAGCCCCUUGGUUACAACAACACAUCAGCCAAAUGAAACCGUCUCAACAAACUCAGUGAUUAGCACAGGAAAGCUGGUGGCUGCAAAAGUGGAGACUCCUCCUAGUAUUGUGCCUAGGAAAAACCAAGUACUUCAGACUGAAGUUGGCAGCCACACCGAUAAAAGUUUGUUGGCUAAGCCACCUGUAAAAGAGAGUAGUACGACGGCUUCACCUCUUGUUGGAGCUGAGGCUGAAUCAAAACCCAAAGAUGAAGCAAGGAAAGGAAAAAUUCCAGGUGUUGCAGCCGUGACCGGGCUGAAGGGGUUGUAG